UAACCCUCAGGCGCACGAGCGUCGCUGUUGGGCGAAAGGAAAGAGGAAGAGCGGGCGAUAAGCUGCAAGCUGCCCCGAGUACUGAAGCGGAGUACCUGCUCCUCGCCAUCGCAAUUCACACUGAAGUCGAUUGGAAUCCUCAUCCACUCUGUAUGGAAAAGCUCUACAUCGCUUUCUCGCGAAGGCGACGGAAUUUUAAUUGAUUACGUCAUCAACGUGCGCCACAGAGUCGUGCGUGUGAGAUACCUCCUAUAAAGGGAAGAGGCGGUCAUAAUAGUUUUAUUUUGAAGAAACCGCUUCGUUUGAACAGUUCUACUCCGAUUGUAUUUUGUCCCUUCCGGACAUUUUUCCUCAAUUCACAUUUCCUUUUGACGCUCGGAGUAAAACCUCAUAGAUCAAGCCACGACCGAAUAUGGAAACUGAAGAAGAUGCUCCCCCUCCAAAGCAGCAACCUAUGAUAUACAUCUGCGGAGAUUGCCACAAAGAAAAUGAGAUAAAAGCAAGAGAUCCUAUCAGAUGCAGAGAGUGUGGUUACAGAAUAAUGUAUAAGAAAAGAACAAAAAGAUUGGUUGUAUUUGAUGCCCGAUGAAGAGAACCGAAGAUGCAUCUAAUUGAUCUGAAUUCAUGUCCAUGUUGUGAUUUUAUUUAAGCAAAUACUCCAAUUUUGAUUCUAGCAAUAAAAUUUUAUUCAAGCA